CUCUAGAGUCGAGACGCCUAGAUCCAGAGUAAUGUAGACUCAUCGAAACAUCAACCGGAAAUAAUAUCCAUGCUACCACUACCUGAGACAUCAUGGAUGGCACCAUCGAGAUUGCCCAAUCAAUCGCUAAGCAAGCAAACCAAUAGCAGCACAGGGGGCAUGGCACUUCCGCGCAUUAUUCAAGAGCGUGGCAUCAAUUUCAGCCUAGAGCUGAGCCCUGAUAAGGAACAUGCCCGACAUUCCAGGGUUCAAGAGACGUUCCGUGUUGGAAUGAGCAGGAGACGGUCAUUGCUAGAUCGAGAUUAGUGGCUUGAACACUAGUCUAUUAGUCGAGACAGUUCAAGGAAGGGAAUAAUCAUAUGAAAG